CCUUUUAUGUAUUUUUCUUCGUUCAAUAAUGGACAUGUAAAAAGAAAAAGUGACAUAUUUUUCACGUAUGAGAAUAACAGUGAUCUACCAUCACUACCUGCUGGGCUGCUCCAUGUGCGAGCGGUCGGUUUCUACGAAAAAGACCCGCAGGCGUUAAGUCAACACAUCUAGAUGAGCCAAUUAAAUAUUAGAACCUUCCUCGAGUUUACAGUUGUGCCCCCACAUCACAUGACUUGUCCAUGCCCAAAGAUUGGGCCAUAUUCACAUAGCUUAUAGGCCCCAUUCUUAAUCAGCGAGCACAGAGCUUUGAAGCGACUAAGAGCUCGUAUAGGCCGUUCAACGCUGUAUCUCGCUAGAUAUUCUGAAAAGAGGUGGUUGUUCCAACAGCUGUUGUGCAGUUUGGUCCUUACAGAUGGAUCAGACAUCCGAUAUAUGCUUCUUUCCGCGACAUACUGCACUCCGCUGCGUGCGCCUUUGAGCCUGUUGUUUCUUGUAACGGUUUGUGUGGUUUACUACAACAAGAAGGCGAAGCUAGAGGAAGGAUUGAUGGUUUAGAGUUUCGGACAAAGCAAUUUGGAUUAUGCUGAUAGGGUUAGGCACAAGUUCAUUCCUUUUGUUUACUAAUGCGUUAGAGGCCAUGUGUUGUGUGACUUGUGUCUAAUUAUCUGGUAUCUAUCAGUCAAAAGAUGUAUGAAUGAAUAUAAUUAAGUUGUAUUUUUUUUUUUUCAUUUUGGAAUGUUAGGCUUAUGAAAAGGAUAUGCUUUAAUGCUAUUCGUGGCUCCCCUUAAUCUCCAGUUCAAGAUAUUUCUCAGUGAUUAGUUUAGUGUAGAGUUCAGCACGAAUCUGACUUAAAGUGUAUGAAUACCUUCAGUUAAAAACCUAAGCUGUUUGCUUUCUGAGUGUUUUCUCCUUUACACGAAGGAACCGCAAAGGGAACAAUCUUAAUCAUGAUUAGUUUAAUAAAGUGAGCAAGUGACCAUUGCUAAUCUAAUAAUUUUCCUAAUCCCACUUGUUCUACACUAAUCAAUCAUAUGAUUAGUUUAGUUAAUUUAUUCCAUCCUGAUAAACCUUUAAUUUGUCUCCCUUUGCAUUUGCAACCCAUUAACUAUUCUCCACCUGGAAAUGUUUCUUUAAUGACUUCUUCAUAUUACUUUGGAGAUUAAAAAGUUUUGAGGUUUGUGUAUAAACACACUCGGUAUUUUCAGAUAUUUCACAUGAAAAAAACCCAUUAGAGCCCUUCUUCUCACACUUGUGCAGUGAAGUGGGCUUGUGUUUGUUGAUGUGAUUUCUCUCUCUCUCUCUCUCUCGCUCUUCCUUUCAAAAGUUAAUCAUCAGAUAGUUUUCCUCCUCAUGCUAGUUCUGUCCCUUUCCAAGUGAUUUUACAUCGACCAACUAGCUUUCUUCAUUGCAGUGUAUAUAUUCAUGCACCUCUCUCUCUGAAUAUUCUAUCCCCAAAAUCAUCUUGCUGAUUGAUUUGUCUUCUGAAUCCUCUUGCUUCCCUUUAGAGCUCAAACCGAUUAGGGUCUUUCGUCUGUGGUUGUCUGGUUGAUUUGUUUGGGUUGUUAACAGCCGGUAGUUGCAGAUGCAGCAUCAUCAAGAUUCACAAGUGAAGUGGUUUCCUUGGUUUUCGCCUCUCCAUCCGAAAACAAAGGGUUCUUCUCGAAUGGGAAUCUUGAUGAUGCUGCAUCAGCAUAUACAUGGCUACUCGUUCGCUAAUGAAGAAAGUAAAGAUGUCUUGGCGAAAAUGUUACAAGGGCUAAAAAAUACAAGGUAAAGUACUAAAGUCUCUUUCUCUUUGUUUAUGAGUCUUGACAAUUUCUUGAUCACGUCCAUGUUCUGACAUAUCCAUAAGUUUAUGAUGUUUCUUUCUUGAUUUUGUUGUUUGGCAAAACCAUUCACAUGUAGAGCUUUCAACGGAUCCCGCACAUGCUUUAAAAAACUAUACAAAAUCGUGACAGUUAUAUUUAAAAGUAGACCUUGAUAAGAUAUAAAAUGAAUGUGAAUAGUGAGAACUCAGAAGUGAAAUGUCUCUUGUGGUUAUUGUUUGUGAGAACUCACAUGGUCACAUGUGUAAAUGCCUAUGGACCCAAGGUAUAUCGUGCAUUUAUAUAGUUUCUUUGACCUGAUAAUGGCAAAUAAAACAUUUUUCCACAUGGAUCAUAUGAAUCUCGAGGCACAAUUUCCUUGUUAGAACAAGUUUUACUUAGAAAUUAACAGAAAAUGAAAAUAAUAACAUCUUUGAAAGUUUCAUUAAAUGCAUAUUCAAUUUUCAAAGCCUACAUAAGUCGGUGGGUUUAUUGUGAAAAAAAAGUAAAUUUUAAUUUCACUUGCUGUUUGUUUUACAUUUCUAAAAGAUAUUUGUUGAUGAAUUUUCUUUGGCUAAAUCGUACACGGUCCCCAACUCCUAAAAGAAUCAUUUAAUCUGCCUUUUGAUUAAGUAAUUAACGACAACAAAAAGUAAGUAAUGACGUACGUCAACAACUACUUAAAUAAGCGUCUGUGCUUGGUAUUUUUAUAUGAUGAUCUAGCAGGUUAAACCAUAAUCUCGAUUUAUGUAUAAUAUGCUUUGAGUUUAUAUCGAAACUCCGUAUAUCCUAUAAUGGUUAUCCAUCAUUUAUAGACGCUUGGUAACAAAUAACACUACGUGUUUUUUCAAAAAAGAAAAACAAAUAACACUACGUGUAGUCUACAGAUUUUACUGGUAUCAUUCAUCAUUAUGGCACCCAGCUUAGCUUAUCACGAACUAGGCAUGCAGGCUAUUUUAAUUAGGAGUUGCUUAAAAUUUCGAAAUAACUCAUAUGUAUCAAGUUGGAAUUUAGUUGCUUACUAAGUUAGCUAUAAAAUGAAUCGAGACUGUAUUUCACUAAAAACAAUUAUUAAAAAGUGAACCCUUUGUUUUUGGUCAAAACGAAUCUCUAAACUACAAUGUUUCAACUUUUAUUUAAGAUAUAUAUAUAUUAUUAAAUAUGUGUAUGUACACAUAUCUCUAUAUUGCUCUAUACUACAUUACUACUAUUUAUAAGAUGUGGUUUAAAAGCUUUGACCUAUUUCUUUCCAAGCUUUGUUUGAAUUAUAGCUCUAUCUAUAAUUCAAACAUCAAACAAAUACACACACGCACACACACAUUCUAUAUUGAUGUACAUCUAUAUACAGUGUUGGAUCGAAAGUACCGAGAACAUCCACUCUUGAUUCAUGGAUGAUGUGAAGUUGUGGAGAGUUUCCAAGAAAGAUUCCAUCUUCGAGACCACUCCUUUUUCUUCAAAACCCGACGUUUUCAGACGAAGCUUCUCAACAAAAGCAUCUUCUUCUUCAAAACCCAUAUUGCCAAGAAGUUUCUCGACAAAACCUACUUCGUAUUCUUCUUCGGAACCAAUCUUUAGACGGAGUUUCUCUGCAAAACCCACUCCGUUGAAACCUCCGUUUCUAUCUAGAAGCGGUUCCACCAAAGGUCAAGCUGACACAUCGUCUACCAAGUGUUCCAUCUCUCGGAGCUUGUCUCAAAAAGGCGCUUCGGUGACCCGAAAGUGUCGUAAUGUGGCGAAGGAGCACAAGUCCCGGUUCUACAUCUUGAAACGCUGCGUUUUCAUGCUCGUAUGUUGGCACAAACACGCCUAAAAUCCUUAGAGAUGUGACGAAAGAAGAUUAGUUAGUUAAUUACAGAGAAUUUACUCGUUUUAUAUUUUCAUUUUUCACCCAUCCAUUAUUAUACCUUUAUAAAAAGUAUUGUUUUCUUUACUCCGUCUGUGUUAACUGUUAAGUAUUUUGUUUACUUUACAGUUUUACUUCUACAAAAAGUAUUGUUUUAUAUCUUCAAAUAUUAAAGAAAACAUCAAAUUUUACACACUGUUGUAAUUCACAAACCAAAAAUGGUAUAAUAGCUAUCUUUAAUUAUUUUCAAUAUGUACAAAAAGGUCUAAGACUGCACUAAUUUGAAACGGCAUAAGCAUUGUAUUGAUAUUGCAUCGACUCAUGAUCUGAUGUAAUACAAUGAUUAUUAUUUUUAUUUUUUUGAUCAAAUACAAUGAUUAUUAUUAAGCUCAAGCUAUACUUUCACUGUUUCACACGAGUAAUUUGUAAUGAUAUUCUUUUAAUUGUUGUGUGAUUGAUUGUAAAGUGAAAAAGAUUCCCUCUGAAACAUUGGGAAUUUAAAAGACAUAAACAAAACUGUACCGGUGUUCCAGCUCCACUGUUCGCACUUAUAUAUGUCGGUCCAUCUUACAGAUAAAUCAAAUAAAACAGCUUAAAUACCAUCCCCUGGAUAUAACUGUUAGCAAACUUAAAAAAAAUUGUUAGCAAAUUAACCCGCAUUGUGUUAUUUCUUUUGGUUGAAUCGCAUUGUUGGGCUUGAGUCACUUGGCAUUUGUUGAACAAUUAUGUGAUGGACCUGACCUUAAAGAAAACAUCGUAUGGGAUAAUUAACCGAGGUAAGUUUAAUGGGUGGUACAAUCAAUUUUUUUCUUUUGCUAAGAAUGUUAGUAUCCCAUUAAUUAAAAUGAACGUUUGAUACAAGGUAUUAGUUUGGAUCCCAUUUUGUAUUGACAGCGUCAUAGCUUGAUGGUUUCUAAGUGCCCAAAUAAGCUAAAAACACUUGGAGAACUUAAAGCAGGUUUAGCAAGUUCCUCAAGAAACAAAUGCUAGUGAAACUAAGAGUGUAGUACAAUUUUCUUUUAACGAUUUACAUUGAAUUGUUUUCCUCGAAAUUGAACUUGAAAGAUAAUGAAACAGAUUUUAACAAAGGAAUUAGUGAAACUAAAGUUGUGAACAAAAUUAAUCCCAAAUCAUAACAAUAGAGAGCAAGAUAACACCGAGGAA